CUGUUUCUAGAACCAAAAAACAAGGAGAUAUAUAGAGAUCGAGAUCAGAGAGUACUUAGGUGAACGACUGAAAUGCAGCUACCCUACGCCGUACUUUGUGCUCGCCGAUAUUAAAUUUGACCGUCUCGUCUCCUACAUAGCUCAGGGGGGGGAGCUGCACCUGCACUCCCAGUUGUGACGCAGCUACAGUCGCCGAGAGCAAGACGAAAGGCAAGCACGCGCACCCACCCACACACGGGCGCGCGCACGUACAAAGCCCCUCGUCUCCGUGUCUUCUUCCUCCCCGCGCCUGCAACAAACCGGCCAGCCCAGCCAGCCGGUCGGCCGCUUCCGCCAUCACCUUUGCCAUUUUGCUGAUCUCGAUCUCUUCCUUCCUCAGCCACUAGCUGGCUUACUACCACUCCAAAGGGUGGAAGUGGAAGCUAGGGAGAGCUAGCUAGCUCGUUUUCUUAACUUCUAGCUAGCUGAUGAUGCCGGCCUGCGGCAUGGGGUCGUCGAGACGGCCGAGGAGAUGGAGCGGCGGAUCCAAACUCGCCGUCGCAUGCCUCGCGGCGGUUGCGGUGACCUCCCUGCAGCUGUGCUGCCUCUCCGGCUGCUUCAUCGCUGCGUGCGGCGGCGCCGGCAGGGACGACGACGACGUGCGCCGUUACUCCGAUCAUUUCGGGAGGCUGGAAGGAGCAGGAGCCCAUUCCGGCGACCUUCUGGAAGGUGGUGGUCACUACCACGUCGGGUUGGGGCGUCGGCUGCUGUCGGGAGGGCCAGGGUCGCACCCGCCGCGGUGCACGUCCAAGUGCGGCAGCUGCAGCCCGUGCUCCCCCGUGCACGUGUCCGUCCCCCCCGGCGUCCUCGUCACCACCGAGUACUACCCCGAGGCCUGGCGCUGCAAGUGCCGCAACCGCCUCUACAUGCCGUGACGACUCCACACCCCCCACCCCUCUACGUACGCCGUCUCGAUCCAACCGCACGAGACCACCGAGAUGGCGCCGUGACACAACAGGUAGGCGCACCGUCCGCCCGUCGUCUCUGCCGCUGCAUCAUCGCGUCCGGUGCGGCAUGCCUCUCUUUCUCUCUCUUUCUCUCGCCGUCUCGCGCGCGCGCGUGGGGGCAUGCGUGCAUGGGUGGUGCAGGUGGGGCGCGGGGCGCGUGACGGAUGGUGGCGCGGUGGACUGGCCUACCACGCGCGCGCGGUGGCACGGCGCAUGCACGGCGGCAGCUGGGGGGGCCGGGGCCUGGGCCAGCGUGAUCGUCUCUGAAAACUGUGGCAUUGCAGUGUGGCUUUUGGUUGGGCCUACCACGAGGCGAUGGCGCAGAGGAGAGAUGAGGAGGAAAGCUGCUGCCCCCAGGCGCCUCUUCAUGUGAUCCCUGCGCACAUCAUUCUUGGCUACCUAGUGAAAAACUGAAAAACACAGUACCACCACCGGCCGAGUCCCUUUGCCAUGUUAUACAUAUAUAUAUCUCCCCUUUUUUUUUUCACUCCUAGUUAUCUCCCGGUGCUUUCAGUUCUCGCAUCAUGCCUGCACGGGGCAUGCAACAGAUCGAUCAAGUGUACAUUUCUCAUUUGUAACAAGACUCAUCGUCGUCUAUCAUAUAGUCCGAUUGUAAUGUUUGAAUA